AUGAAUAGUUUCACUCCAUUCGUGCCACCGCUCGUAAUACCGGCGCCCCCGAGGGCAUUUUCGUCAUUUCACGCACAAGUGUAUAAAAGGGGUGGCUCCUGUGGAGAUAACCCUAGCCGCCUCACUCCCGCACUCGCGCGUCGCCGCCUAGCUGCUCCCCCCGCCGCAUGUGCCCGCCUUCGCGUCGUCGCCUCCGCUCGCCCUCGCGUUGUGGCCUCCGCUCGUCCGCGCGCCGUGGCCUCCGUUCGCCUCGUGUCGUCGCCCUUCUUCGCUCCCUGCAGCCACUGCCGUUGCUGCCACCACGGCCACCACCGCGCUCUUAUCCCCCCCUCCCUGCUCGUCUCCAGUCACCGAGCUGGUUGCCGCCGCGCUGCUCUCCUGCCUCGACGUGCCGGUCUGGCGGAGCUCGUUGUCUCAGCGAACCGCGACAUCAGCUCCGAGGACGCAGCGGCGAGGCUGCAAAGGUACGGGCCCAACAAGCUGGAGUGGCCCGAGCGUCCAAUCUCAACCAUCACCCGGAACCCUAGCCUUCCCCCCUUCCCAUGGCGCGGGAUGCCCUCCAAGAGGAGCGUCCGAUGCGGAGGCCAUGGAGUAGCUGCUUGGUUCAAGGGCAUGCCUUGGCUGCUCCCUAUGUUGAGCGUGUGGACGGGCCAGAUUCAGCGCUGGGUACAUGAUUGUGAUAUAAUAUUGCGUGGAAGAAAAACCACCGUUGCUUUUACGGUUUUAGGAUGUGCUGCAAGAUUGAUUUGCAUUGUUCUCAUGUGCUACUUCCAGGUGGCGACCUCCAGCGCAAGGAUGGGUCAAGCUGAAUUCUGACGGUUCUUUCGUUUGGGAUGGAGAAGCUGGUGCAGGCAUGAUUCUUUGAAAUGAUGCAGGAGCAAUAAUCUUCUCGGCAUGCAGGAAGUUGUACUCAUGUAGGGAUGCAUUAGAUGCGGAGCUUAGCACAUGUAAGGAGGGUUUAACUCUUGCUCUACAGAGAAGUGAUUUGGCCAUCAAUAUUGAACUUGAUUCGGUCAAUGCGGUGAACAUGAUCCAGAGCACGGAAGUGGAUAGAUCAAUCUAUGCUCAUGUAGUGCAGGAGAUAAAGCAGCUUAGAAGCAGUCGUACUUCUUGUAUUACUCACGUACACCGGUGUCAGAAUAAAGCAAGUGAUAGAUUGGCUUCUUUUGCUAGAAUUAAUGAUAGAACAAUGACUUGGUUAGGGUCAGGUCUAGAUGAGAUACUUGAGAUAGUCAGAGAUGAUUGUAAAGAUAUUUUGAUUGAGUAAUAUAAGUCUUUUACUCGCAAAAAAAAGUAAAUAGAACUCUUGCUGUCAACGUGUGUGUUUCAGUAAUUCUAUAUCAACAUGGCACGUGUUUGUAUGAUGCAUGGUUGCAUUUACUGAGGUAGUACAUGAUCUGGUCUUCUACUAAUUGUUGUCUUAAAUAGCUAAUUGUUUUUUUCUGCUAUGUGAUAUAUUCAAGUUGUUGGACAAGUUCUCGCUGGUUGCUUCCUGUUCAUCACAUUAAAUCCGUGAAGCAUGAUAUUGUAAUUGAUGUAGUUCUUCCUUGAGCCAGUUGUGAUUAUUUCCAGUUUUGCAAGGGAAUAACAACAUUUAGUGCAUAUGUAUCUUGUGAUCGUGGAAAUAUGAAAUAGAAGCCGAUUAUGAGCCCUGCACUUUGUGAUUACUCUCUGAGCUCUGCACUUUGUGAUUACUCGCUCAGCGUUGCUCUCACUAAUCCAAUUUGCUAUCCAUGUUCUGAUAAAGUUUUGUACACACCCAAUUGACAACACAGCUUGCCUUGCAAGAUAUCUAAUCUACUUACCGUAAGCUUAUGUCACUACUAAGAUAAAGUGAUGAAUGCAUUUGAAUCCUUAAAAAAUUGAAUUGUCAUAUAUUCUUUUCUUUCUUUUAUUUUCAACAUUGUGUUACUGGUGUUUUAAACAGUAUUCAGUUUUGGGGGGAGACUGAUCAUUUUACAUUGCAAAGUGGUGUAAUAAAAAUAAGUUUUAACAACAAUCUUUAUUCUUUCGAGUAUGUUAAAACAGAAAACAAUUACAUCCAUCAACUGUUCGUCGCCCAUGUUCUUUAUUGCUUCCUGUGAACUGAUUGGUGCUAUAUGCAUUUUGAA